AAUCGUUCCUUGAAUAAUACGUGGCAGUCAAUGAUUGGACAACAGGGAUGCAUAUCCAGUGAGAGAAAGUAAAGAAAAGAAAAAGAUUGGCUGGCUCUCUUCUCAACUCACUGGAAAAUUGAAAAUGACUGUAAAAAACAGAGAAAAAAAACCACUUCUCUUUAUAUGUAUUAAGCAUUUAAGUCACCAUGAAGUGAAAUCCCCCGUAGAUUAUCCUACGCCAUUAUAUAAAGAUCUUCCCAAAAGUAGCCAAUUGCCCAUAUGCCAUGACAACAGCUCUUCAAUUCUCCAUCAAUUUUUCACCUUGCCAAUUGAGUACCUUGCAUGGUGACACAUACAGAAAGCCCAUUACUUUCAGAGCCACAAAAGUUUGUACUUUACAUCAUAGCAAGUUUAAAUUGAGAGUUUAUAGGGAGAAAUGGUCUUUCUCGGUAGAAAAAAGGUGGGAAGAUGGGAUUUUUCUGAGGAAGAAGAAGAAGAAGAAGAGGGAAGUUCUGGUGAGGUUUAAUGAGGAUUUUGGUUUAAAUGGUGGUGGGAGUGGUGGAGGUGGCGGUGGCGGUGGGAGAGACGAUGGUGCCACUGCUAGAAUUCUGGGUAAUUUAGCUUUGGCUAUUGGAUUAACCUAUCUUUCAAUGACUGGACAACUUGGUUGGCUAUUUGAUACAAUUGUUUCCAUUGGGCUUCUUGCAGUUGUUGUACCCAUAGUUGGUAUUGGAGGUUUGCUCUGGUGGGCAGGACGGGAUAUAGUUCAGGACACUUGCCCAAACUGUGGAAAUGAGUUUCGAAUCUUCAAGUCUACUAUGAAAAGUGAUUUGCAGUUUUGCCCUUUCUGCACCCAACCUUUCUCCAUUGUGGAUAAUAAAUUUGUAAGGGAUUCUGUCAAGUUCUCCAACCAGUCUACAACAUUUGGAGAGGCUUUCAGUGAUUUCACCCGUUCGAGAAAAGAAAAAAAGUAUUCAUCCAAGGCAGUAGUUGAUGUAGAAGCAGAAAUUAAAGAUGCAGACUGAGACUUUGUAGUCUAAUUACCAUCUGAUAUGUAAAUUUAAAGUGGAGAUAGCCUUAGUGGACAAGCCCUAUUGAGCCAGACUUUAAGAAUUAAAAUGGUUUCAAAGUCACAAGUAAGUGAGAAGCUAAGUUUGAUAAGAAAGAAAAUUGAACCUUACAUAGCUUUAGUCGAUUCAGCAAAGAAAAAAAAACAUCGCUUUAGUCGACCAGAUGGCUAUUUACAGUCUCUUUUACUGAUAUUCUAUUAUUUUGUAUUUAUAAUUUUGAGCUAUGGUAAGGAAAGAUAUGACAUUAGUAUAGUAUGCAUUGUUAAAUAAAGGUUUCUUGGUUACAUA